AUGUUUAGCAAGCAAUAUGUUACUGCUGAUCAACUUGCUGGUUUCGACAAGUACAAGUACAGUGCUGUGGAUACAAACCCCUUGUCUGUAUAUGUAAUGCAACAUCUAUGGAACAAAGUUGUAAAGAUAGUUCCUCUUUGGAUUGCUCCAAAUUUGUUAACUUUGUCUGGAUUUUUGAUAAUUUUAGCAAAUUAUUUUCUACUAUCUUUCUAUGACUGGAAAUAUACUGCAUCAGGGCCUGGUCAUGAACACAUACCAACCUGGGUUUGGGUCUCAGCAGCAGUUGGCAACUUUUUGGCAUAUGCUCUAGAUUCAAUAGAUGGGAAACAUGCCAGGAGUACACAGUCCAGCAGUCCUCUGGGGGAGUUAUUUGACCAUGGGCUUGACAGCUGGGCAGCGUCUAUAUUUCCAUUAUCUUUGUUCUCCAUCUUUGGCUGUGAUUCAGGAGCUGCAGGGUUAUCAGCAAGGACAAUGUAUGCAGUUUCUUGUAUUGUCCUGUUCACCUUUAUGCUCUCGCACUGGGAAAAAUACAACACUGGUAUACUCUUUCUUCCCUGGGCCUAUGAUAUAAGCCAAGUGUCAUUGACGGUAGUGUACAUUUUGACAGCCAUAUUUGGAGUUGAUGCCUGGCACAAACCUCUGUUUUUCAAUUUCUACAUGACUGAAAUAUUGAUUACAUUUCUUGUAGGGUGCAGCGUGCUAAUUGCCUUUCCUCAGACCUUGUACAACAUAUAUAUAGGAUAUCGACAGAAAACCCUACUGAAGUCUUCUCUAUAUGAAGGACUUUUACCAUUAGUCUCUCCGUCCCUUCUGUUUGCUAUGUUGACAGCUUGGGUUGUAUUUUCUCCCUCUGGCAUACUAGAAAAUCAGCCGAGAUUAUUUUUAUGGAUGGUUGGCGUAACUUUUUCUAAUGUCACAUGCCGGGUGAUAAUCUGCCAGAUGACCAACACCAGAUCGGAAGUCUUCCAUUGGCUUCUUAUACCACUUGUUGCGGUCAUUUGGGCUGCAGUAUAUGGAUUUCUAGGAAGCAUGGAGGAGACGGCUUUUUUUAUCCUCACUGCCACAGCUACAGCCGCGCAUCUACAUUAUGGCAUCUGUGUGGGACGACAGCUCAGCAAGCAUUUGAAGAUUUAUAUAUUCUCGCUUAAGAAGCGGUAUGCAGACUGAAUGUCUAUAAGCAGGUUUAUGAACUUUAUUGUUUUUCAAGAUCUUUAACGUUGUGAACUCCUUGCUGUGAGACAUAGUGGUCCACUGUAUACCACAAACAUUUUUAUACACAACAUGGGAAUCCCUAGAGAUGCCACCAGCCACUGGUUUACAGGUGGGCUGAUAUUUUUAGGAUUCUUGUCAAUGUAGCUAAUAAAGAACAAAUGUAGAAAUGUC